CUCUCCUCCCUCUCGGAUCGUGAACAACCUUCCCCGUCUUCCUCCGUGGAUGCGACAAGCACAGCAAGCACAAACGAGCAUAGCCACAGAACACGACACGACAUAGACACGCACACACGCCCCUUAGGUCACUCAUAAUCCCACAUCGACCUUCUCGGCAAGCAUACACGCUGUCCGACGUCACCACUCGCGAUUAUCCCAUCUUUCCCAUCUGACUGUGCUGCGAGACACUGCACAGUCGCCCUUCCUGCCUCUACUCGACUCUACAAUCUUCCUUUAUGCAAAACGGGCUUCCCGAGGUCUCCGACGAUACGCAAAAGCCAACCAACUCCUCGACUCAGACUACCGUCCUCCAACAUGGCUUUCUUCUCAGCGAUGCAGGCGAGCCUGGCUGCGACUUGCCAGUCCACCAGCAGCAGAAUCAGCCAGCCCAGCCCGAUCAUUUGCCGCCGAAACACGUCCAAGGUCACUGCGGUGUCGUUCUGCUCGACAACGGCGUCGAUGCCGGUGUCCUGGGAGACCGCCUCCGACGAUUGAGCGGCCUUGACGAGCACGACCGACCUAAACUUCCUGGGCAGAGGAUUUCUGAGUAUGAGAACGCCCUGACAGCUUCGGGCCCAACGCAGGCCCUGGGCUUCAAGGUUACGAAGCGGUCCGACAGCCCAUCGACUGGCAUGCUACUCUCCGACUUUCCAAAUGAAAUCCUUACUCACAUACUCUCGCACCUGCAUCCCGACUCACAUGCCUCGGUGGCGCUCGUAUCGAAGCGGUUUUACUCGCUGGUAACGUCACCUCAUGCCUGGCGCAUGGCUUUUCAGCGCUUCUUCCCUGGCCAAGACGCUGUGGGACCCGAGCUGCCGACGGCCGUCAGGACGUGGGACGAGGACGAGGAUGACCUGGUGCGUUCCGAGAUCCGCUACUUCACGCGCCUGACGCCGCAGGCUUCGUGGCGCAGCGAAUAUCUCUUGCGAACAAGACUUCUUCGCAGUCUUGCCCGCGGCAAACCAGGUGCUGGGAUCGGCAUUUCUUCACGCUCCAGCCAGACCACCAAAAAGGGCAGCGCCGUGCUUACCUACAACACCAGGCUGCCAUCUAUGGUAACACACAUCCAUGGCUCGUUCACCUCCAACGGCAAGAAGUCGCCUCGUGUCAUCCAUGGCACUUCCGAUUUCUGCGUCGGUAGUGCGAGUGAUCCCACGAACGGCAAGCUCGAGAAGUGGGGCCUUGAUGAUCCCUUUGGAUUUGCUCAGUUCAACGAGGUUGUGCCUCAUCUUUUGCCGUACGGUGUCGGUGAGGGCCCUGCCGCUGUCCCCAAUGUCAUGGACGUCAGCCAGCCGUAUGGAAUCGUUGGUGGUGAGGGAUUCCCGGGUGGGCGCGUUCACUUCCGGCCCAGCAACGAGUUCCGCGGCAAAUAUCUCGACCAUGAUCCAGAAAUCAGCAAUGCGCAUAGCGACAUACCGAAAAUCCCGGAGCUGUCGGAGGGCAUCUCCUCGGUCUGGAUCGCCAAGUCUGCCGCAGUACCACUGGUGACGAGCUCGAUGAUCGGCAUGAUGGCAGGAUCUACACUUGGAGUCGUGACUGCCUAUGCCCUUGGCCAAGAUUCCUCAGGUCCCAGGUACGGCAAUGGAGAGAUCAGCACCCGCUGGGUGCUCAGCCCUGGAGUUCCAAUCAUUAGCAUCAAGGUGGACGAUGACUAUACUGCUAAGCGCAAAAGCAGUCGUCGAGUUUGGGCUGUCGCUUUGAACGCUCUUGGCGAGGUCUACUACUUGACACACCCGCCCUUUCCGCCGGCCAACAAAACUAAGACGGACGAUAGUACCAAGCUUGCCUGGUUGGCAGGCCGUACAACAUAUUGGCACUUGAUCGAGAGCACCCGGCGCGAGGCCCGACCGGACGAGAUGGGGAAGAAUGCGGUGCGCGGCACCUAUUCUCCGAGAUCACCUUCGAACGAUUUGGGGUUGACCAAGGACCAGAUGGCUGCAGAGGCCCGCGAAAUUGAGCGAUUCCUGCGAUACAAGCCCGCGCACUUCCGAAAGGUCUGUUCCGGUUGGGACAUGCGACGUCGGUUGGAAGUAGACUUUGCCAGCGACAACAGCACAGGUACUGGCGAGAGCAUCUUAGUUGUAUGCUGUGGACAUGAGGACAACCAGACAGUGGCCAUCACUCGCUUCUGCCGGUCCGCAACCAGUCAAACGCCGUCUCGUGCGGAACCGACUUUGGUCGAGGAGGUUAGCGCGGCUGCACAAGCUGAGCCUCAACAGUCGCUCUUCGGAGGCCCAUUCGAGGCUCCGGUUGUGGAUGCCGUGGCAGCUGCGAAGCUGGAGUAUCAAGCAUCAAGAACGGCAAGCGUCACCAGACUAGAUCUCAUUCUGGACGAGUGGCAGACCACCACUCUCAUCAUGGAGAACAUCGAGAAUGAAACCAUUACGACCACUGCCUUGGACAACUCCUGCGUCGCUCUGUCCCUGACGCACGAGGAUUCCUCUCUCGGGACAUCGACUCCAUCCAACAUGCCUAGUACACCUACUGGUCAAGCAUCGUCCGAUGUUCCUGGUCGAAGGGCGCGCCUCGUCGCGAUAGGGACAAGCACAGGAAGAGUACUCAUGUGGAACAUGCGCCAGGGCCAUGCAAGCGCCGGAGUCGCGCCGCUUCGAGUGAUUCAGACGGAGUCGCCAGAGAUCUCUGCCUUAGCGUUGACCUCGCUGUACGUGGUUCAUGGUGGUAACGACGGGCUUGUCCAAGCUUGGGACCCCCUCGCCUCGACCCUGGAGCCUGUGCGGACGCUCAAUUCGCGCUCAAUUGCCCGCCUCCCGCGCCAGACCAUGGCUCACGUACCUGCGCUGCGUCAAUCCCUGUACUACUCAGUCGGUGCCAUUUUCCUCGACCCAGACUCGACCAGCCUGCAGGGAAUAGUCUCAUUUGGCAGUUUCGUCCGCUAUUGGUCCUAUAGCUCUUCAAGCCAGACCAGCCGCCGCAAGCGCCGUGUGAGGCAUUCGGAUAUCCAUGGACGUGUCACUGGACGCCGCCACGGCGGGGGUGUCAAGGGCUAUAUCGCCGCGGAAGCCGAAGAAAUGCGCGACGAGCAAGAGCACAACGCGCGGGAGACUGCGCGCUUGAAAGCUCGCUUCGGUGUGGGCCUGGCAGACUUGACUGAGGAAGAAGCGCUGCAGUAUGCCGAGAUGAUCUCGCAAGAGUCUUUACAACUAGAGGAGCAGCGCCGGACAAGUGCAAGUGACACAGGAUCGACAGCCGAUUUUGACACGACAUCGACCACAGGCAGUCUUGACACGGUGACCCCAGAGCCGAGUAUCACAGGUCGCAAUGCUCCUGUUGCGGGGUCAAGCAGAGACGUUCCGGCUCAGAAUGCCGGCGAGGACGACUAUGAGCUGCAAAUCCAGACCGCGCUGCGGUUGUCACUGCUCGAGUCGUCCAUGAGUGAUUCUGGCCAGUCGGCCCCCACCCAGAGUCCUGACGGGUUCGAGGAUUCCAUUGUUUACAAGGACAAGAAAGGCAAAAGUCCCGCGUGGUCUGGCGUGACACCGCCCGAAAGCCACACGCCGGUUCUCGGCUCCGCGAACUGGGCGACCACGGCGAGCCUGCCGCGCGGCCGCGCCCCGACGCCACCUUCGCGCACCACCAGCGCCCUCGACCAAGAGGACGAGGACCUCCAGCUCGCGCUCAAACUGAGCCUCGCAGAGGAGGAGAGUCGGCAGGCAAGCAUUGCCGCGGCGGCGGUCGCCGACCAGGACGCCUUCCCUGCGCUCGAGGGCGCCGCACCGUGGAAGGGUAAAGGCCGUGCGCAGUGGUGAUCUCAACGCCGUUUUGGGCCGCACGACUCGAGUCGAGAUUCUUGCGGACACUGGAAAACUUCCUUUUCUGUGCGCGUGUUUGUCAUUUCAGUUUUUGAUUCCGAUAGUCGCUUUAUUUGUUCUGUCUCUCUUGACAUUUUUCUCUUCAUUCUGCUUCACAAAGCGGCCCUUUUUAUAUCCCUGAAAGCUAGAGCCUUAGAUCACUACUAGAAGCUGCUUUGCAUUCAAUCAACAUGCCAUUCAAUCCAAGCCAUCCUCCUCGUACGACUGGCGCGCAGUGGCAAGAUCUGCCAUCUUAUCCUUCAGACAAAGGUGUCGAUGUUGCUCAUGGGACUUCUCGUUCUUGCCUCCAGAGAGGCCAGACGUCUCCGGAUCGU